UUUGUCACUCUUAAAAACUUCCUGAGAAAAUUGAAGUUAGAGAUGACAGCCAAAAUGAAACGUGUUUUUCGAGGACGAUACUGCCUGCAAGAAACUAAUUUGCAUAACAAAAUAUAGACAUUCCAGUGAAAAAGUAAAAGAACUGUUUAAACUUUACAACACGUUUUCCUAUAUCUAUCUUUCCAAACCUCCACAAAAAAAACAUGUCCCCCUGAAGAUAAAUGCAAAUAUCCAAACUUAGAGAAAAAAAUACAUAUGAAAGAAAAACCUCAAAACGCAAAAUAACUCAAGCAGAUUCCUUGACUCUGCAAAAUGUGAUGAAGACCCGAGGAUAAUGAGAAAUACAAGACUUCACAAGACUCCAGAUCAUGUUCAUUAUCCUUUUCAUGAUGGGUAUAUGGGCAGGGUUUGCCGGUGGCGGUUCUGAAGGAGUGGACACCACACCCACCCUAGCCAACGUCACAGUCCCUCCGAAUGUCAGCCGCGUCAGCCUGGACGAGGUGUCAGCCACCGAGGGCAAUGGGAAGAGAGAGGAGCCAUACUUCGACGCGUCCAUGUCAUCCCUGUACACAGCCUACCUGGGCAAGACCGCCACGCUCACCUGCGUCGUCCACGCGGCCAAGACUGACAAGUCGGUGUCGUGGAUCCGAGGCCGCGACCUGCGCAUCCUGACGGUGGGCGGCUACACGUACACGACGGACCUGCGCUUUGAGGCCCUCCACCAGCAGGCCAGCUCGGAGUGGGCGCUCAGGAUCAAGUCGGUGCAGCUGCGGGACCAGGGCGGCUACGAGUGCCAGAUCGCCACCAAGCCCAUCAGAACCUUCAGCGUCUUCCUCAAGGUCGUGGAACCGACGGUGGAGGUGAUCGGUGCGCCCGACAUCUACGUGAACACGGAGAGCAUGAUCAACCUGACGUGCGUCGUGCAUCACGCCCCCUACCCGCCCGAGGCCAUCACCUGGUACCACGGGAAUCAGACGAUCAGCUACACGUCGGACCGCGGCGGCGUGAGCGUGGUGGAGGAGCGUGGCGAAACCACCUCCAGCUUCCUGCUCCUCCAGAAUGCGCGGUCCUCGGAUUCCGGCGUCUUCACCUGCCAACCGGAGGGCAUGGAGUCAGCUCAGGUGACCCUGCAUGUGCUCGACGGAGAGCGACCGGCGGCGAUGCAGACCAACUCCAGCAGCAUAAGCACACCAAGAUUCUCGGCGCUGUUCGUCGCGGUUGUCCUGGCGAGCACCGUCGUUUUAUGAAGCGCUGUUCAGAAAACCUGCGUCUUCGAGUCUGCAAGCCAGUUUACAAAAGACAUUUGUAGAAAAAAAAAACGAUUUUGAUGAUGGAAAGGAGGGAAAAA